AGCUGCUUUCCGGUCCAAGCAUGGAGCGCACUUCCUCAAAAGUCCUGGCAUCCAAAGGUGAUGCGGUAUCAAGAGCACUUGCCUCCUUGAGCAGUCAUCCUGAUCAAAGGGUUCAGGCAAUCAGAACUCUGGAAAGUCUAGCUGAGAACGCGCAGGUCCGCUCCAGUAUUAUAGCAUUUGGUGGUGCAAAGAUGUUGGUGGGCCUGCUGGUCAGGCCAAACGACCAGGUCCUUCCUUUCGAGAAGAUCCGCAUUGCAAAUACACUGGCCAGUCUUGCUGCUUCGCCACCGUGCCGCGCUGUAAUCAUCAAUGCAGACUCCAUUCCGCAACUGAUUCGACUUUUAGGAAUUCCGGAAGCACAAGCAGCGGCAAUCACUGCACUCUUGGCUUUGGCUCCUCAGAAAGGGUCCAGAGGAUUGAUGGCCACUGGAGCCUUAGAGGUGAUAGCUCAUUCGUUCAAACAGGCAGACAACUUUGAGGAGCAAACCAGGCUGUGUCAACUGCUGGCAUCAAUCCUUGAGGGAGAGUCAGUUCAGGAACGAAUGCCACGCGUGCUGGCGGUUGUCGAGUCGCCAGAGACAGUGACAGGAGUGAUUGGUCUUUUGUCCAGCUCUGCCGAAGGAAUCUUGCAGGCUGCUGCUGCUGUAGCUUUGAUAUGCUGCGACAACAACCUGAGAGUGCACUUGAUGGAGGCUGGAGCUUUGACGGCGCUGAAAAAGCUCCUAACCCACGAUGACCCUGCGGUUGUAGAGCAGGCAUUAGAGGCAAUUGCUGCCGUUGUCACCCUGGAUAGGGGCGAUGGACAGGGUGGCCAAAGUGGACUUUGUGCGACUCUGGACAUGGAGGAGAUGCUCUCCGGUGAAGUUGCUCUCGUUGUCCGCCAACUACAAGGCGCUACCGAAGAAAUUCGGUGUGCUGCAAGCCAUGUUAUUUUCCGACUGGCAGCUCGAGGUGAUAUCGAGAUUCCCUUGCGUGCUGCUGAGCCAUUGCCUGCAUUGGUGUCCCUGAUCAGAGUUGGCAAAGCCAGAACAAGAGCUUGGGCUGCCAGUGCUUUGAGGUUGCUCAGCACCACAUCAGAAGCGAGGGAGACUGUGACUCAGUCUGUGCCGAUGGAGGUUGAAGGAAGAGAAAAACUCCUUGCCAAGAUCCGCACACUGUGCUUUUGAACAUUCCCAAAAAAAAUGAAUUGCACCUCUGGACACCGCCUCCAAAGGUGGUUGGCCUUUCCGUCGCACAAAGUGUGAUGAGUGAAAGUAUUGGUGUCAGACGAGUGUAAAGAGUUUAAGAUUUUUUCGACACUUUGUAUAGAUCAAUUUUGUGGGAAUGCUCGUCAUUGCAGAUCCCAAAACGCAGCAGACAAAUUG